UGUUCCUGGCAAUGGAAUGGAUAGUGCUUUUCUCUGUGGAGGUGCUCAUGGUGUUGGUGUUUAAUUUUAUUUUAAAAAAUUUUCUUUGAUAGGAAAUUGCAAUUUGUUGUUUGAGUUCUACUUUGCUAACCGUGCUUCUUAUAGACAGCAAUUUCUUUGCUUGAAGGAGGUAUUUUUAUUGCAAACCUUUUGCAUUUUAAUGUUUUAAAGUGAAAGGAUUCUGUCAUUAAAGUUUUUUUUUAAAAGGUCGUUAAGGAAACCAUAUCAACCUUUCAACAAAUACUUAUUGAACACAUCUGUGACUAAGGCACCGCUUAGUGUUUUGAAUGUUAUGAGAUACAGUCCCUGCCUUCUGGAAGCUUAUAUAUGGGAGGUAGCCGUUGUGGAAUUGGUGAGGAAAUAACAGUUUUUAAAAUUUAGCACUUGAAGGAAUUAUUAUUGGACAAAUGAUUGAUUAGUUGGGUAUCUCUUUUUCAUAAUAUAAUUUGGAAAAAUGGAUCUGUCCAUAUAUUUUGUAAUCUGUGCUUUACCUUGAUUGCAUCCUUGCAUGUGCAGUUUGGGGUUAACUGAUGAUCCAGGAGAUAGUCUUCAUAGAUUAUACCAUGACUAUAGUAAUCAGCUGCUUUAAAAACAGUUUGUAUCCUAUUUGAAUUGGCUGUUUAAUUAAACCUUUGGCUAAAAAUAACAAGAACUUCCUAUUGAGUGCUUAUUAUGUACCAGGCAUUGUACCACUUGUUUUAGUCUUUAUAACUCUGGUGGUAUUUUUCAUUUAUAUAGGAGGAAAUUGAAGUUCAUUUAAUUUGGCCAGUCACUGCGCCUAUGGCAAAGUAAGGAUUCAAGUGUAGGUUGAUCUGAUUCUGAAGCCUAUACAUUUUCUAUUUUCAUAUUAGAAAGUUGGGCUGGCAAAUUUUCUUUUAAACAGUAAGUAAAGAAUUGCAGAUUUCUGAAAUUUAGUGCCUAUCUUGAUUUCAGUAGUUAUAUGGGAUAAUACAGAGGGUAUGAGUGUUGGAGCCAAGCAGAUUCUUCAGUCAGGUAAUAGCCAUGAGACCCUUCUGCUCUGCACCUUCCCCAUUUCCUUAGCUGUAAAUUGCAGAACACAAAGCAGUCUCUGAAGUCUUGGUUCUUGUUCAAGGAGACAGGAAAGAAUUACAUUUGGGAGACUCCUAAGUGCCUCAAUGUAUGUGCAUGGUUUUCUUCAAUCUUUAAAAGGGCCAGUUAAUGCUUUUGAUUAUUUUAUUCUGACAUUAUGAAUGGUACAGAAAUGUCUUUUAACGUUGGAAGAGUUGUUCACUGUGUAGAAAAGUGUUCAGUCCUAGUGUACAGCUUUUCAUAUAUAUGGAUUGAUCCGGAGUCUGCUUUUGUAAGCAUUUGAUGUUCUUCACCCUCCUGUCAUUGUAUUAUUUUUUGCCUUAUUUUUAGUUAUUUGAUUGAAGAACACAUUUUUGAGGAGAAUCUUUUUUGUGGAGAAAAGGAAUAGGACACAUGUGAUUGAAAAAGAAAAAAGAAAGUGGUAGUACCACUUACUGAAAAGUAGAUUGAUCUGGGCAGAGUGUCAGAGUAAUUGGGGUCUGACUCCUGGCGCCAGGCUUUCUAGUUAACACUGUAACUUUGGGCAAAUCUUUAUGCUUCUUUGGGCUCCAGUCUGUAGUCUGUGAGGGUAAUUCAUUUUGACUUUAGGCAGUUCACAAACCCAAACAUUAAACAAACUUCAUGCCUCAGUUUAUGUAUUUUUGUAAAAUAAAUAGGGUGACCAGGAGGUCUGGUUUUCCUGUACCACCCCAGUUUGAUUACUUCCUCCUCAUAUCUUCCAAGUAGCUUGCUUUGGCUACUAUUUAAAUGACAUGUUCACCUAAAAAUGAAGAUAUUUGAAUAUCUGGUUAAAAACUGCUUUUAUGUAGCUUAGGAUUUAUGAAACUGAAUACCCUUUCAGGCAUUCUUUAGUUUAUUCUAGGUUCCUCCACUGUUGUUUUAUACCCAGCUCUCUUAGGUAGUUUAAAUUACAUGCCUACUCCUGAUUUCAUUAGCAAUAUGUAAUGACAAUAAUCUAAUACUAGCAGAUAAAAAUAAUCAACUAACCCACAAAUUCAGUUUGGUUUUCUUACUCCCUUUUCUUCCUUAAUCUUAAGCUUUUGAAAUUUUGACAUAAAUACAUUUGUUUCAUUUAGCAUUAUAUAAUAAGCAUUCCUUCAGGUUGCUAAACUGUCUUAGUGAUUGUUUUAGAAUAAUCAGUGGUUGUACCAUAAUUUUCUUUUGUAUUUUAUUAUGGGAAACGAACCUCCUUGUAUGUAUCAUUCUUGCUUUGACGCUCAUCAAUUCUUAGUCACACUCCUUUCAUCAUAUGCCCACCUCCACUGGAUUAUUUUGAAGUAAAUUCUAAACCUAUUUCUUCACCAUAAGAAUUUUGGUAUAGAUCUCUGGAAAGAUAAGAACUUUAAAACCAUAAUUGUACUGUUGUUACCACAGCCCAAAUAAUGGCAGCAGUUCCUUUCUAUUAUCCUGUGGCCAGUCAGUGUAAAAAUUUCAUAGUGCAUCUCAAAAUUAACAUCUCAGUCGGUAUCUAAGUUUUGUGCAGAUUAGGAUCCAAAUAAAGUUUAUACUCAGUAAUUGGUUGAUGAGUUUCAUAAGUUUUUCUUUGGUAGUUCUCUUGCCGUUACAUUUAUUCCCUUGCAGUUUAUUUGUUAAACCGUUGACUUUGGCAGAACUUUCCACAUUCUGGAUUUUUUUCCAGUUGCAUCCCAUUGGAUGCAUUUUCAUGAUUUUAAAAGUAGUUCUUUUCCUUCAGGAGCAAACUGAAGGUGCAACAGGCACAGUCCCCUCAGGACCUCUUUUGAAAGCCUCUCUUCCCUAGUUUGGGUCAGUAGAAAUGAUACAGGUAUCACUUGCCUGCUUGCACACUGUAGACCUAUCGCUUAAACACACUUUCAACUUUAAUAAUUCCAAAUAUAGAAAAAUUUAACCAGUGAAGAUUUUCUGCAGAGGGCAAAAGGCUGCAGCCCCAGUUUCUGAAAACGUAGUUUCAGCCUUCUCAAUCCCUACCUGAAGGAACAGUAUAUACCGGGACCUAUGGUUUCUAACUACACAGAGGGAUCAUUUAAAUUGUUUAUUACUGCUCUCCACAUCUUAAAAAGUAGUUCUAAAGCUACUUUGAAAUCCUGAAAAAUCUCUCUGAAUUCCAUUUUAUUUGAUCUGAUAUGAAUUAAGGAGUCAUGAAGUAAAUGUUUAUGCUUAAAAACCCUGUGCAUUUUAAUUUUGUGGUACAUGCUUAUUAAAAGUUGCAGCUAGUUACAUUUUAGACUUGACCUUUUACAAAUAUUGACUUGUGUGUGUCUAUGGGGUACUGUUGCAUUAAAAAGAAUUGAGGUGAUUUCUUUAAAAAACCUCAGAUUUCACUAAGUUCUUAAAACAGUUUGUAGAAAAUUUAUUUGUUUUUUUUAAGGAAAUAUAAACCAAGACAAUGAUUUUCUUUCUUUACAGAGACCAUGAAACGUAUGGUGCAAUAGCUCUACUUUUGGUGGGAAAAAUAUACAGCCAUUCUGGUGAAGCAGUUUGGGCCCCAUGGGAUCCCUGUGACAGUAUUUCCCAAAAGGGAAUAUAAGGACAAACCUGAAGCCAUGCAGCUCCAAAGUAAUACAUUCCAAGAAGGGACGGAAGUCAAGCGUGAAGUGAACGGUGCUGUUCCUGAUGACCCUUCUCCAGUCUCGCCUCCCGAGCCGAGCCUGGCUGAAAGCCUGUGGACUUGCAAACCACCACCUCUCUUCCAUGAAGGAGCACCUUAUCCUCCCCCUUUGUUUAUCAGGGACACAUAUAACCAGUCAAUACCUCAGCCACCUCCUCGGAAAAUCAAGCGACCCAAACGAAAAAUGUACAGGGAAGAGCCUACUUCAAUAAUGAAUGCUAUUAAACUACGACCCAGGCAAGUCCUGUGUGACAAAUGUAAAAACAGUGUUGUUGCUGAAAAAAAGGAAAUUAGAAAAGGUAGCAGUGCAAGUGACUCUUCUAAAUACGAAGACAAGAAACGGAAAAACGAAAGUGUAACUACUGUGAACAAAAAACUGAAAACUGACCAUAAAGUGGAUGGGAAAAACCAAAAUGAAAGCCAGAGAAGAAAUACUGUGGUUAAGGUUUCCAGUAUUGCUCACAGCAGAGGCAGAGUAGUCAAAGUUUCUGCUCAGGCAAAUACAUCAAAAGCUCAGUUAAGUACUAAAAAAGUGCUCCAGAGUAAGAACAUGGAUCAUGCAAAAGCUCGGGAAGUGUUGAAAAUUGCCAAAGAAAAGGCACAGAAGAAGCAGAGCGAAACCUCUACAUCCAAAAAUGCACACUCAAAAGUCCAUUUCACACGUCGAUAUCAGAGUCCUAGCUCAGGUUCCCUUCCACCCCGGGUUCGUUUAAAACCACAGAGGUACAGGAAUGAAGAGAAUGACUCUUCUUUGAAGACAGGACUUGAGAAAAUUCGGAGUGGCAAGAUGGCACCCAAGCCCCAGUCUCGCUGCACCUCCACCCGCUCAGCAGGUGAGGCCCCUUCAGAAAAUCAGAGUCCCUCAAAAGGCCCCGAAGAGGCCAGCAGUGAGGUUCAGGACACCAAUGACAUGCUUGUGCCUGGUGAGCGGGAUGAACCACAGACACUGGGCAAAAAGGGCAGCAAAAGCAGUAUCUCUGUUUACAUGACCCUAAAUCAAAAGAAACCUGACUCUUCCAGUGCUUCCGUGUGUAGCAUUGAUAGCACAGAUGAUUUGAAAUCCUCCAACUCUGAGUGUAGUUCUUCUGAAAGCUUUGAUUUUCCUCCAGGCAGUAUGCAUGCACCUUCCACCUCCUCCACUUCCUCCUCUUCAAAGGAAGAGAAAAAGCUCAGUAAUUCCUUGAAAAUGAAAGUCUUUUCCAAAAACGUCUCUAAAUGCGUCACACCAGAUGGCAGGACCAUAUGUGUAGGGGACAUUGUUUGGGCCAAGAUCUAUGGCUUUCCUUGGUGGCCAGCCCGUAUUCUUACUAUAACUGUGAGCCGGAAAGAUAGCGGCCUUUUAGUCCGACAGGAGGCCCGUAUUUCAUGGUUUGGGUCUCCAACAACCUCUUUUCUUGCUCUUUCGCAACUCUCCCCCUUUUUAGAAAACUUCCAGUCACGCUUUAAUAAGAAGAGAAAGGGCCUGUAUCGCAAGGCUAUCACAGAGGCGGCUAAGGCUGCCAAGCAGCUGACCCCUGAAGUGCGGGCUCUGUUGACACAGUUUGAAACGUGAACAUGGACAGUAAGGUAGGCAAGAACCAUCGGAAGGCGCCACAGAUUUUCUAGUCUAGUUAGGAGUAACUUCUACAAAAUAGCUUGGCCAAAUCGGAGAGAGAAAUUGUACUCAGUUGGCUGCUUUUUUAUACUUACCUUAUAGCCAUUUUUAGACUGAGAAGCUAAAAUUGAACAAGCAAUCAAUUUGUCUUAAGGAAGUGAGAUUUCAGCAGUAUUUUUCAGUUUUGAAGUCAAACCAUCCCAAGGCAUAGGAGCCAUAGCCUCAACUGAAAAUGAAUUUUUGCAGGGACUGUUAAUUGCCAUUUGUACCUUGUACUGUAUGUGUGUAUAUUUAUAUAUAUAUACACACACAUACAUAAUAUGUGUGUAUAUGCAUACAUACAUAUAUACAUACAUACACACAUACACAUAUAUAUGUAUGUGUGUGUAUAUAUAUAUAUAUAUAUAUAUAUAUAUAUAUGAGAUAGAGCCUGUCACUAUGUGACACAGGUUGCAUAUUUGGGAUUGCAGUAAGGGCUGGUGAGCUGGGGGCGGGGGGUGGUAAUAGUGUGGAUAUUUAAUGAUGUCUUGUUUUUAACUAAUGAACACUUAGCCUUUCUAUGUGCAUAAUGGUGCAAGAGUUUGAUACUUAGGUGUUUGACAGACUGAGAUGCUUGCUAUUCAGUUGCAGACUGGGGAAAGAGCCCGGUAUUUGGGGGUAAGACUUUCAAGGCUGACUAGGUUUUUGAAUCAUCACUCUCUUUUGUCCAAUGGGGAUUUAACAAAAACUUUCAAAUUUCUGGUUUGGGAGUUUAGGUAGGUUUAUCUUUGGAUGUGUAAAUAGUUGAUUGCUAAAUUUGGUCAGAUUUCUCCUGACUGGCUGUUCCUAAAUUCUUAGGAUACGUCCUGGUAAAUUACACUUUGUGAAUUAAUUGUCAUAUGUGUAAUUGUUGCAUUUUGGAUGUACCUAAUUUGAUAAUUUUUAAAAGAUAUUUCCGUUUAAGGUAUCUGUUUGCAGGUCAGAAAAUGAGAAAAUGUAAUUGUGUAAAUGCUCUGAAAUGUAAAAAAAAAAAAAAAAGCUGUAAAUAAAAUCGACUAAAUCCAAA